AUGGCCGGCGGUGGGGCUUUGGCCGCGGUCGCCCUUUCUUUUGCCGCCGUCCCGUCGUUGGCCGUCGAGCGCCGCGCUGCCGCCAUGACCGAGGAGGAGAGCUCGGCGCCUCCCAGGGAAGGGUCAGGAUGGCUGUCUAGUUGGUUGCCUGCAUGGUGUCCUACAUCAGCGGUACAGCUUAAAGAAGCUGAAGAGAAAAUACUGAAAUGUAUCAAAAGUCCAUACCAUAAACAAUAUGUCUUCAUAUCCAACGGAAAUAAAAUAUGGACACUAACAUUCUCUCAGAACCUUUCCCAUAAAACUCCACUUGUUCUUCUCCAUGGGUUUGGAGGAGGUGUCGGACUUUGGGCUCUGAACUUUGAAGAUCUUUGUGAAAAUAGGACUGUUUAUGCCUUUGAUUUCUUGGGAUUUGGACGCAGUAGUAGACCGCAGUUUGAAACUGAUGCAGAAGUAGCAGAGAAUCAAUUUGUGGAAUCUAUUGAAGAAUGGCGGCAUAAAAUAGGCUUGAACAGAAUGAUUUUACUUGGACACAACCUGGGUGGAUUCCUAGCAGCUGCUUACUCUCUAAAGUACCCCUCAAGGGUAAAGCAUCUUAUAUUAGUGGAACCAUGGGGUUUCCCGGAAAGACCAAGUAGUGCUGAACAAGAAAGACCAAUUCCAAUCUGGAUCAAAGCACUUGGAGCAGUUUUGAGUCCUUUUAACCCAUUGGCUGGUCUCAGGAUAGCAGGCCCAUUUGGGUUGAGCCUUGUACAGCGUAUUAGGCCAGAUUUCAAGAGAAAGUAUUCUUCCAUGUUUGAUGAUGAUACUGUGACUGAAUAUAUCUACCAUUGUAAUGUGCAGUCACCAAGUGGUGAAACUGCUUUCAAGAACAUGACUGUUCCAUAUGGAUGGGCAAAAAGGCCAAUGCUGCAGCGGAUUGCCCACAUGCACCAAGACAUUCCUAUCACUGUGAUUUAUGGAGCACGGUCAUGUAUAGACGGCAAUUCUGGGACCACAAUCCAGUCUCUGCGACCAAAUUCAUUUGUGAAAACUAUGGCUAUCCUUGGUGCUGGUCAUUAUGUGUAUGCUGAUCAACCAGAAGAUUUCAACCAGAAAAUAAAAGAGAUUUGCAAUUCUGUGGACUGACCAGCAUUCUGCUCUUCAGAAAAGAUUUGCAAUUGUAUGGACUAACCAACAUUCUGCUCUUUAGAAAAGCCAGCUGCCGAUGUAAUCCAAAGUUUUGUAAAAUACGAAGAAAUAAACUUUUUAAAACACACACACAUACAACUAGGCUUAGCUUGUACCAUUUUAUUUCAAAAUGCUACUCACUCACUUUAAGCCAUAUAGUGCCUUUUGCUGGGGUAGGGAGAUUUUCAAAAUGAACUUUGUAUGGUUCAGUUUGAUAUUGCUCUUUAUAUAUUUAGAGAGAGUAUUUGUUUCUCUAAUAUUUUUAAACUGGACAUUUUUUAAAUUGAAUUUUUUAAAAAUGGAGAGCAUUUUCCAAUUAAGACACAUACAACAAAGACUUUUUGUAUCUAGCUAGAAUGAAAUAUUUCCUUUACAAUCUGAUGACCCAGUGGGUCUUAUACUACUAUGAUGAAAUAUGGAGCAAAUGUUUAGCUAUUUCAGUUUUCAGUCUUUCUUGACACACUGGUCUUUUUUGGAACUUGAAAACAUUCACCGAUAUUUCUCCUUGAAAUCCCAAAUUUCCUAUGUUAGGUUAUGAAGUGUGACUGUCAGAAUCAUCACCAAGCUCUAAGGAAAAGUACAAAAGUAGGAAUUGGAGGUAGGACACAAAGCAGUAGUGCAUCUCUAUCCCUCCCCAACUCUAGGUACUGUUAGUUGCAAAAAAAAAUUGUGUGUUUCUUAGUGGGUCUUUUUGCCAUUUCUAACACUUGUUUUGCUGAAAGAGAGGUUAUAGAAUCCAGGGACUUUAAGAUUCAAAUGCCUUUUUAGUUUAACAUUUGUAGAUACAGUUGCAUGAUCCUUUACUGGCUUAAGCCUUACGUUUAGAACAUUUGCAAGAAUGCCACUUUAGUCCUUGGAUAAACUAAUAUGGUAAGAUGAACAUUUUUUUCUUAGACUAGUGUAAUAGUGAGCCAGUUUAAGCGGACAAUAGGAAAAUAUAUUACUAUGAACACCCAGGAAUCCUAUUAAAAGACACUUCCAAUUUAAACAACACAAAUACAAAUGAAACGGGAAAACAUCUUUACCUCAGGACUUUUAAAUAACAUACUUGAUUCCAUGCAGUAUUUUUAAUAAGACCUAUUUAUGCUCUAGCUCUUCACAGAACUGUAAGUUGACAUUAGUUCUUAAGUACUUUUGUUAUAAUAAAAAGCAAUUUUUUGUCAAUUGAAAAUCAAGUGGGAGUAGUUUAUAAACAAAGGUCUGCACAGUAACUUAUUAAUUAGCUUUUGAAUGUUGAAAUAGCUACUGAAUUCUUAAUUAAAGUCUUGAACCAGUCUGAAGUUA